CCCGUUAUAGCUGAUGUCCGGGGUCCAUUUGAUACCCGGUUUUCUCCUCGAGGUUUUCAAAAACGCUUGCUGGCUCUCUUGCGGGACGGCGUCUGUUCCUUGGCCACCGUUCAUCCCUCGACGAUCUCCGACUAGGACAACGUCCAUCAAUUCAUUCACCGUUCACUGACUGGACAUAGAAGGUCGUGAGUAUCGUCACAGCCGGGGCUCACUAUGGCCACGAAUGCUGCUCAUGAUGAUGAGACGCUGGCGCAGCUCGGGCAUAAAGCUGAGUUGAAGCGUUCAUUCUCGCCGUUGGCUAUGCUGGGACUUGCGUUUGCCAUUCUGAACAGCUGGACUGCGCUGAGUGCAUCGCUGAGCUUGGCAUUGCCCAGUGGAGGGAGUACAAGUGUGAUAUGGGGACUGGUUACAGCGGGCAUAUGUAAUCUAUGUCUGGCGGCGAGUCUGGCAGAGUUCUUGAGCGCGUAUCCUACUGCGGGAGGACAAUACCACUGGGUUGCUGUGAUAUCCUGGAAGAAAUGGGUGCCACUCCUCUCUUGGAUUACUGGCUGGAUCAAUGUCUCUGGCUGGAUCGCUCUCGUUGCAUCCGGCGGGCUUCUAGGUUCCCAACUCAUCAUAGGAAUCAUCUCGCUCUACUCUCCAUCCUACGAGCCUCAACGGUGGCAUCAGUUCCUGAUAUACAUCGGCUACAACAUCGCUGCGUUCCUCAUCAACGCCUUUGCAAACUCCUCCCUCCCCUACGUCAACAAAGCAGCCAUAACCUGGUCCAUCACCGGCUUCGUCGUCAUCUGCAUCACCGUCCUCUCCACCGCAUCCCCAAACUUCUCCUCCGGCGCCUUCGUCUACCGCCUCUUCAUCAACGAAACAGGCUGGCCCGACGGCAUCGCCUGGCUCCUCGGCCUCCUCCAAGGCGGCCUCGGCCUCACAGGCUUCGACGCCGUCGCCCACAUGAUCGAGGAGAUCCCAAACCCCUCCACCGAAGGCCCCAAGAUCAUGAUCGCCUGCGUCGCCAUCGGCCUCUUCACCGGCUUCAUCUUCCUCAGCGUCCUCCUCUUCGUCGCCGGCGCCGACGCCCACACAAUCAUCUCCUCUGCCGCCGGUCCUCUCGGCCAGAUCCUCUUCAACGCUACCCGCAGCAGACCCGCCACCGUGUGUCUGCUCAUGUUCCCCUUGAUCUGCCUGCUCUUCGCCACGACAAGCAUCAUGACUACAAGCAGCCGCAUGACAUACGCCUUUGCCCGCGACCGCGGCCUGCCCGCCAGCCGCGUCUUCGCGCGCGUGCACCCGGUGCUCGGACUGCCCCUGAACGCCCUCAUCCUGACCACCGCCCUCGUCGUCGUGUUCGGCUGCAUCUUCCUCGGCAGCAACAGCGCGUUCAACGCCAUCAUCAGCGCCAGCGUCGUCGCGCUCGGCGUCAGCUACGCCAUCCCCAUAGCCAUCAACUGUCUGCGCGGCCGCGCCAUGCUGCCCCAGCGCAAAUUCGUGUUGCCGGCGUGGUUUGCGUGGUUUGCGAAUCUGCUGGGCAUCUCGUAUGUACUCCUCACGACCGUGCUCUUCCUCUUUCCGCCCGAGCUCCCUGUCGACGCAAGCAGCAUGAACUACUGCGUCGUGGCGUUUGGCAUUGUGCUCAUCAUCAGUACUGUGCAGUGGUUCGUGGAUGGUCGCAAGAACUACACUGGCCCGCGCAUGGACGACGGGAUCGAGGUGUUGGAGGCGGUGGCGAGUCAGCCGGCAACCAUGGGAACUUCAGGGAACGGGAGACUAGAUGCAGAGGACAGUCUUGGGAAGGAGAGCGCAGAGACGGCGUAG